AUGCAUCAAUACUUGAGGCAAAGAGUUGACAAAAAAUUUGUGCAGAAAAACACAAGAUACUGGGAGUUCAGUGAGGAAUCCAACACAUGGGUUGAGCUGAAACUUCCCUAUGAUCUAAUCUCCUGUGUCAAUGAUAACUGUACUGUGGUUGACACAAUCCAGAGCUCUGAUCAUCAUCAUGAAGACAGAGAGAUUGAGGGCUCUACUGAUCAAGUGGACAACACAGAAAAGAUGAAGAAGAAGAAGAUAAAGAAGAAGAAAGUGAUCUCAUCAUAUCCUGUUUUGGCAGAGAGGAAAAGGAUUUCUUUGACCAAAAUGUCUGAGAGCUCAAUUUGGGUGACUGGGGAAAGUGGGUCAAUCUAUGAGAGGUUUUGGAAUGGGCUGCAGUGGGUGACUGCACCUCAUACUUUGCCGGUGUACGCCGGAUAUGCCGUUUCCGUGUUUCUCGUCAACCAUAGGAUUCUUGCUCUGUCUGAGGGCGGUCAACUGCAUCAGAUGCAGCUGAAUGCAGAAUCACAGCCAACAUGGGUCGAGCUCGUGCUAGAGUAUUUAAAUUGCGUCGACAAGGAGACGAAUCAACGUACUCCCGUUUUCCUUUCCAAUGGAGUUGUCUCGAAUGACAGGACGAGAAUGUAUGCCUGCACAAAAGAUGGGCAACUGUUGGAACUUAUUCAGGUUGAGCCUCCGAGCUGGACGAAUCACGGACGGCCACCUGGAGCAAUGGUUGCAGCAGUUACUGAUGCUAGUGCUAUUAGAGCAGGACUUGUGUUUAUUGUUAGUUCUGCAGGAGAUCUUUACGAGUAUGACGAGGCAUCAAAACCGGCAUGGAAAAAGCAUAUACGACAAGAAGGGUCCGAAAAGGAUACUGCCCUAGCACCAUCUAAUGCAUGCAGCUUGCAUGGACUAGUCGGACCCAAUUCAGUAUCCAUGUUCUUCUUUACUAAGGGGGGAGAGGUGAUUGAGAGACGACUGCAUCAGAGGAAGUGGAAAUGGGUGGUUCACGGGAAACCAAAAGGUCAUUUGGUGACCUCAAUCACUUGUAUUUCUUCUCAAGACGAGCCUACUGAAAAUUCAAACUCGUUAUAUGUCACGACUGAAGCUGGUUUUGUGUUUCAGUAUCAUCUUCAAAAGCGUCCAGAUCAAAAGUCGGAAGAAAAGUGGGUGAACCACGAGCACCCAGCGCAGGCAAGAGUCGCCAGGGGAAUCUCGGGCCUCGAGCUGCAGGCCGGACGAAUGAUGUUCCCACUAGACGACGGCCGGCUGGCUGAGCUCCACCUUUCGGGCCUCGGGGGAGAAAGCCACGGGCCGAGCCCGCCUCCCAGCAGUAGGCGCAAAUCUUCUGCCAAAUACGUUUGGUCCAUCUUAGACGCCCCAGAGUCCGAAGGGUGGAAUGCCGAGUACUGCACCCAUGAACGUGGGCCCUCUAACUGCCUGGUGGGCACAAAAGACGAAUUCGGGCGAAGAAAAGACGGGAAAACACAGCAGAACUACCUGAUCCCGGACGAAAGGCGGCCUAAUUCAUUGAUAAACGAGCACGAGGGGAUCAAAACACUGUUCCGCCUUCGGUUAAUGCAUGUGGGGAAGUCGUUUUUCAUCAUAACCGAUGAAGGCUUGACGUACGAGUGCUUGAAAACAGAGAACGUGUGGGUGUGGCUUGAACACGAGUAUCCGUUGGAGAUAAAAGGCAUUCUAGGAAGAUACAACGGGAGCUUGUUUGUGGUGGACGAGAGGGGGAGCUUGAUUGCAAGGGAGAGGGGAGGGGAGGACUUGGUGUGGAUCAACUGUAGCUCGAUUACAAGGGGGAAGGCCGUGGCUACUGGCCGGCCGUGGGAGUGGGACGGGAUGCUAGGCCAACAAAACAGUGUCUGGCCGGAGAACGUCAUUUUCUUCGUCAGCAAAAGCGGGAAGCUCAUGGAGUUCAGUGUGGCCCUCCGCAACUUCAAAUGGAAAGACUGCAAAAGCCCACCCGGCACGAGAGUCUCCAGCAUAGUCGAUCAAGAAGGCUUCAGGAACAACAUUGUGUUUGUGAUUGGCAAAGAUGGUCGACUCUACCAAUACAACAAGGUGACGGGCCUGUGGCACGAGCACCACCAGUCGCAGCACCUAAUCUUAUCAAGAUCGACUGGGACACCUGCAAGGCCAUCCCCUGGCUCACUCAGGGGAUCCCUCUUCAUGCUGUCUGAAGAAGGUGGGCUGGUCGAGUACCGGUGGAGCCCGGGCGACGGGUGGGAGUGGGUAGAGCACGGCAGGCCGCAUGUCAACGUGAGACUGGUGGGUGCACCCGGGCCAUGCUUUUUGGGGACCGAGCUCUUCUUGAUCGGGUCGGAUGGGAAUGUAUACUUGAGGUACUCCGAUGAUGGAGACUGGAAAUGGGAGGAUCUCGGGUUUCCUUACAUGCGUGAUGGGAAGGAGGAAAAGGGGGGAUUUCAAGCCGAGGAAUCGACAAGGAUCGAUCAAAAUUGUAACCCGAAGGUAUCAUCCACCAGACCAAUCGCGUUUUCUGGAGACUCGUUAAUAUAUGAGCUGCAAGAUAACAGGCUGGCAGAAUUGAGUCGGAAGGAAGACGGAAGUUGGGUAUGGUCGCGCACGAUUGCUACCCCAAUGACCUUAUGCACAGCCAACUACUGGACUUAA